UCUAUCUAAAAACCGCUUCUCUAAUGAAAUGAGGCCCCUCUCUCUAUGCGAGGCAUACAAGUAGAAGCUUAUUUCUGCUAAAUUAUCUCUCUAGAGGCUCCUUCAAACGCACCUCCUUCUCUGUGCAAUUGAGGCCGUUGCCGCUCUCUCGAGGGAACUUCACUUUUUCCCUUGAAGGUGAUCCUAAAUAGGACACUCAGAUUUUUCCUCUCUCAUUCCAUUUAUAUAAGGUUGUGAAUCCCAUAUAUAUUCAUACACUUGGUAGAUCAACAGGUCAGUUGAUCUAAAUUGAAGGGCGGGAUGAAUGGGAAGUAUGUAUCUUGCCGUAGAAGAAGCACCACCGCAUUAGACUCUCUUAACCGCAAGGGGGGCUAAUCAUCUCUCUCCUCGCAGUAAAUUUAGCCAAACGAACACUUCAUUAACAUUUACCCACUCUAUCUGUGAGCUAAGCUAUAGCAGCUAUCAGAAUAGGAAUGGACCAAGAUGAAACCAUGUGGGGUUGUCUUCAAUCCAGCUAAAUCCGAUCAACUAAAAUCUGCUCUCAAAACCUUAUCUUCCACACACCCAUCUUCCUCUUUUAAUGCCUACAGCAAUGCCUGCGCCUCUCUUCUCAAUGCAUGUGCCACCAAUGCCUCCACCAAGCAUGGAAAGGUCAUCCAUGCUCAUCUCACCAAACUUGGCUUUCUCUCUCAUCGCUUUCUCUCUCUAAAACUCCUCAUAAUGUAUGUUAGAUGCAACAGCUUCCAUGAUGCCAAUUCACUUUUCAAUGAAAUGGGUGACCGUUCUUCGGAUCUGAUUGCCUCAAAUUGCAUGAUCUCUGCCUAUUCUCAGAUGGGUCUCUCUGAUCAGGCAAAACGAUUGUUUGAUAAAAUGCCUGAGAGAAACAUAGUUUCCUGGACUGCUUUGAUAACUUGUUUGAUGCAAUGUGGUAAAGUUCAUGAUGCCUGUGAAUACUUUCAUAGAAUACCCACACAAAGCGUGGUUUCUUUUACAGCCAUAAUCAGUGGGUAUGUGCAAAAUGGGUUGCACAUUGCAGCCCUGAAAAUUUUUAGAGAGAUGUACAGAUAUGAAGUGUUGCCUAAUGAUGUAACUUUCAUUUGUAUCAUUAGGGGCUGUGUGUGUUUGAGGUGGUUUAGAGAGGGAAAGUGUGUGAUGGGUCAGAUUGUGAGGCUUGGGUUCCAGUCUUAUCUACCCGUAUCCAAUUCCAUUAUCACUCUUCUUGUUAGGAUGGGUGACAUGGAAUUGGCAAGGAGAGUGUUUGAUGGGAUGGCAGAGAAAGAUGUGGUUUCCUGGACUGCAAUUCUCGACUUGUAUGUAGAGAAGGGAGAAUUUGCAGAGGCCCGAAAGCUUUUCGAUGCCAUGCCCGAGAGAAAUGAAGUAUCUUGGAGUGCCAUGAUUGCUAGAUAUAGUCAGAAUGGUGAAGCUGAUGAAGCUCUAAAACUCUAUGGCCAUAUGGUUAGUGAAGGUUUAAGACCAAAUUUAUCGACUUUCUCCAGCAUCCUAAGUGUCUCUGCUAGUUUAGAAGACCUGAAACUUGGCAAAAAGAUCCAUGGCUAUGUUCUGAAGCUUGGGUUUGACUCCAAUGUUUUUAUUGGAAGUCCACUUAUUGACAUGUACGCCAAAUGUGGAAAAACUAAAGAAGCUAAAAUGGUUUUUGAGAUGAUCCCUGAGAAGAACACAGUGUCUUGGAACUCCAUGAUUGCUGGUUUGAGCCAUAAUGGCUUAGUAGAAGAAGCUUUGCAACUUUUUGAGCAGAUGCCUGAGAGGAAUGUGGUGUCAUGGAAUGCUAUAAUUUCAGGCUACGUGCAAAAUGAGCUCUGCGAGCAAGGAUUGGAGCUUUACUCUGUCAUGGAAACCUCUGGUGAGCUCCCAAACCAAUCGACCUUUUCAAGUGUUCUUCGAGCUUGUGCAAGUAUAGCAUCUCUAGAGAGAGGAAGAAACAUCCAUGGAAAGAUAGUGAAAUUUGGGGUCCAAUACGAUGUUUUCAUGGGAACUGCUCUGACCGAUAUGUACGCAAAGUCAGGAGAUAUAGAAAGUGCAAAACUGGUCUUUCAUAGAAUGCCUGAAAAGAACGAAAUAUCUUUUACAGCCAUGAUUCAGGGGCUUGCCGAUAAUGGAUUUGGAGAGGAGGCUUUGAUCUUGUUUGAAAAGAUGGAGGAGAGUGACAUAGCUCCUACUGAGCUCACGUUUCUUGGGGUUCUUUUUGCCUGUGCUCAUUGUGGGAUGGUAAACAGGGGAAAGCAUUACUUUGAUCAAAUGCAGAGCAAGUAUCAUAUAAAGCCUAAGGGGAAGCAUUAUACUUCAAUGGUGGAUUUACUGGCGAGAGCCGGGCUUUUACAAGAAGCCGAAAAUUUCUUGAGUGAUAUACCAUUUGACGCUGAGGCUAACUCGUGGGCUUCUCUAUUGAGUGCUUGUAAAACUUAUAAAGACCAUGAGAUGGGAGAGAGAGUUGCAGGAAAACUAUGGGAGUUGGAACAAAAUAACUCAGCUGGGUAUGUUUUGUUAUCAAAUAUAUACGCAUCCGUGGGCCAGUGGAGUGAUGUUUCUCGAGUGAGAAAGCUGAUGAAAGAGAAGGGGUUGAAGAAGGGCGGUGGGUGUAGUUGGAUCGAGGUGAAAGACAUGGUGCAUACAUUUUAUGUUGGGGAUAAAUGUCACGAGGAGUCGGAUCAGAUCUUCGAGGUUUUGGACCUGCUGAUAUUGGAGAUGACGGAUCCGUCCUAAUGGAAAAUAGGAGAUUCCUUUGGUUCUAGGGGUUGCAUGGGUGGGUCGACCUGAACCGGGUCCAGGUCAGGGUUCAUGUUUUGGACCAGUGGGUCAAGUCUGGAUCUGAGUCCUGGUUUGGCAUGGACCCUAUCAAGUCGUGUCGGGUUGGGUUCGUGUCCAAGUCACCAGGUCCAAGUCAAGCCUAGAUAAGACCUAGCCGAGUUGGGUCCGGGUUGUGGUCAACCCGGUCCCGACGGAACCUGUUGACACCCCUAUUUGAUCCAAACCUAGGACGUUUUGAUGUAAUCAACGUUUAAGAAUUGAAAUUUGUUGGGCUCACCUAGUCGAGCCUUCUCGCACAAUUGCAAGUGCGCGUAGUGAAAUCCAGAUUAUAGGACA